AAUAGCUUUUCACUUUAAUAUCCGUCCCCCACUUUGAAGUCAUGCGUAGUCUCGUCGUUUUCUCGGGUUCCUCACACCCACAAUUGACAGCGCAGAUUUGCCAGAGAGUUGGUGUCGAACCUGGUAAAGCCAAUCUCGCUAAAUUCAGCAACAGCGAAACAAGUGUGGAGAUCUUGGAAACGGUCCGAGGUGCCGAUGUCUACAUUGUCCAGAGUGGAUGUGGAAAGGUUAACGAUAAUUUGAUCGAGCUUUUGGUCAUGAUCCAAGCUUGCAAAACAGCUUCAGCUCGAAAAGUGACGGCCGUUAUCCCCUGCUUCCCAUAUUCUCGACAAUCCGAUGCUCCCUUCAAGCGAUCUGGUGCUCCACUUACUUCAGCUCCACCUAUGACUGUACCCUCCACACCAAAGAUAAAUGACUUUAACGCCGAGUAUCCCUUCAAUCAAGAGACUAGCGGCUCGGUUGAAAUGAAUGAUCUUAACAGCAAGAUCCAUAAUUUGCAUAUCCCUACACCUAACAAUUCAAAUCAGGCACUGCCCGCUCAACCUCAGGGAGGCUACAAGCAGUGGCUUGCACGAGCUGGUACUCUAAUUGCGAACCUGCUAACAUGUGCUGGAGCCGAUCACAUCAUCACCAUGGAUCUUCAUGACUCUCAAUUCCAAGGAUUUUUUGAUUGUCCUGUUGACAACUUGAGAUCAAUGCCCCUCAUGUUAAAGUAUAUACAAGAAAAUAUUCCUAAUUACCAAGAAGCUGUCAUAAUAUCUCCAGAUGCCGGUGGCGCAAAACGCGCAACGUCAAUAGCAGAUAAACUCAGCAUGGAUUUUGCAUUGAUUCACAAAGAAAGACGUCAUGCUGAAAAACCAAACAAAGCCGACAUGAUGCUUGUCGGUGAUGUCCGCGAUAAAGUAUGUAUUCUCAUCGAUGACAUUGCCGAUACCUCCUUCACCAUCACCAAGGCUGCCAAGGUUUUGCACGACAAUGGUGCCAUUAAGAUCUAUGCUAUCAUCACACAUGCCAUCAUGAGUGGCGAUGCUGUCGAACGUAUUCAACGAAGCUACUUGGAUGAGGUCAUCGUCAGCAACACUGUUCCUCAAGAUGAACAUGUUAAACGCUGCAGCAAGAUCAAGGUUUUCAAUGUUGCUCCCGUGUUUGGAGAAGCCAUCCGCCGUAUUCACAAUGGUGAAAGUGUUAGUAUGCUUUUCGAUACCAAUUAUCAGAUAGCGUAGUGGUUGCUUUUUUUUUGUUGGCGGCAAACCGAAUUUAAUCUACAAUUUAGCCAUGAGAUGGCUAUUCUAUACAUAAAAAAGAACAAUGAUAUGUUGAAGCAUAGUACAGUACAGUUGAAUGAGUUGAGGAUUUAUAUUAUCAAGUGUGUGUUGCUUCAUGCGGUUUCCAUCUCCAUUUGCUGUGAUUCAUAUGUCAUCCAUGAGCCGGGCAGAUGCCACAGCUUCAGGGAGUUAUCUAUGUUAAGUUGGUCUUGAUCAUCUCCAUCCAUCUCAUCGUCGUCUGAUUCAUCGUUUUUCAUACUGAAUUUCCGCUGUCCAGAGCAGGAAGCAAGCAAAGGAUAAACCUGAUUAAAGGACACAGAAGAAACCAGAU